CUAGGGACAGCAUUAUUCGAGCUAUUAUCAUCAAAACAAUAUUUGUGGUGGUCAUCGUAGCGACAUGGCUCAGGUGGAUAAUCUGAAAAAAGAUGAUAGAUGGUCUCUUGAGGGAACGACAGCUCUUGUUACCGGAGGAACCAAAGGAAUCGGGUAUGCUAUUGUGGAGGAAUUGGCGGGGCUUGGGGCUACUGUACACACAUGCUCUCGGAAUGAAGUUGAUAUUAAUAAGUGCGUGCGCGAGUGGGAGGCGAAAGGCUUUCGAAUUAGUGGUUCAGUUAAUGAUCUUUCUUCUCGACCCCAAAGAGAGGAGCUUAUAAAAACAGUUUCUCAUCAAUUUCAGGGCAAACUCAAUAUCCUUAUAAAUAAUGUGGCAACCGCCAUUCCUAAACCAAUCCUAGAGGUGACAGCUCAAGAUUUUUCAUUCAUCAUGGGUACAAAUUUUGAAUCUGCUUACCACCUGAGCCAACUUGCGCAUCCUCUUCUCAAAGAGUCGGGAGCAGGAAGGAUUGUUCUCCUUUCUUCCGUUGCUGGGUUGUUGUCAUUUGGUGGUGCCUCAGUUUAUGGAGCAAGUAAAGGAGCAAUAAACCAACUUACUAGAAGUUUGGCAUGUGAGUGGGCACGAGACAAUAUCAGGACCAAUUGCGUUGCACCUGCUACCACAAGAACUCCUUUAACGGAGGAUAUUCUCAAAGGCAAAACCUUGGAAAUUUCAAAUUCACGGACUCCUCUUGGACGACCUGCGCAACCAGAGGAGGUUUCAUCCUUGGUAGCAUUUCUCUGCCUACCUGCAGCCUCUUACAUAACUGGACAGACAAUUUACGCUGAUGGAGGGAUGUCUGUGUAUGGAUUCGAUCCCUAGAACAACCACAGAUAAUCAGAUAUAAUAAAACCAAGCUCCUUAAUUACUUAGUCGCAUGCAAUUGUUCCUUCGAAUUCUGUCUUUUUUAUGUUUGUUUUAAGACUUCAUGCAUGUAUUGAUCGAUAUCUCAUAUUAAUAAGCUUCAACAAAGUUUGUCUCUAA